AUGGCCUCACCACCAAAGGACGCAACCGCCGCCAUCGCAGUCCACCCCUCCUCCUCCCCCUCCCCCUCCCCCGCGCUCCCACCACCCCCCAGCAAACUCGCCCAAUGGCGCCACAGCACCCUCACCAACGCCCUCGUCAUCGGCCUGGUCGGCUUCAUGGCGCCGGGCCUGUGGAACGCGAUGAACCAGCUAGGCGCGGGUGGCGCGCAGACGCCCACGCUCGUCAACGCGGCGAACGCGCUCGUCUUCGCGCUCAUGGCCAUCCUCUGCCUGCUCGGCGGGCCGAUCGCGAACCGGAUCGGCCUGGCGCGGACGCUGCUGCUCGGUGCGGUCGGGUACCCGCUCUACUCGGCCGGAUUGUACUGCAACAACCGCUUCGGCAACGAGUGGUUCGUGCUGCUCGGCGCGGCGUGCUGCGGCGUCUCCGCGGGACUGUUCUGGGCGAGCGAGGGGGCGGUUGCGCUGGGGUAUCCGGAGCCGGGGAAGCGGGGGCGGUAUAUGAAUAUUUGGCUGUGGUUCAGGACGGGGGGCCCGUUGUUGGGCGGGGCGAUUGUGCUGGCGAUGAAUCAUGAUGAGGGAGCGAAGAAGAAGGGGAGGGUGGGGAGCCAGACGUAUUUGGUUUUCGUGGCGCUGCAGUGCUUGAGCGUGCCGGUGGCGCUGCUGCUGAGUCCGCCGGAGAAGGUGGUGCGCGGGGAUGGGAGCAAGGUGGUGAUAAGGGCGGAGAAGAGCUUCAAAGCGGAGUUGAGGGCGUUGUGGCAAGUGAGUAGGAGGAAGGAUGUCCUCCUGCUGCUGCCGGUCUUCUGGGCCGCGUAUUUCAACCAGUACUCGGGCAACUUCCAGACGUACUAUUUCGGCGUGCGGGCGCGCGCGCUGAUCGGGUUCGUGUCGAACUUUGGCACGCUGCUGUCGUCGCAGCUGAUGAGCUCGCUGCUGGAUUACAAGGGGUUGGCGGUCAAGAAGCGCAUCACCGUCGGCUUCUAUUACGUCAUCGUCCUGCACGUCGUGGCGUGGGUGUAUGGCUGGGUCGUGCAGGAGAAGUACACGGCGAACCCGCCGUCGCUGGAUUGGGCGGAUAAGGGCUUUGUUGAGGGCUUCUUCGUGCUGCUGCUUUGGGAUUUUUCCCGCCAGGCGCUGCAGAACUGGCUGUACUACCUCCUCGCUACCAAGACGGACAACAUUUCCGAGCUCAGUCGCUUCUCCGGCGUUCUGAGGGGCCAGGAGAGUUUGUCGCAGGCCAUCAGCUUUGGAUUGAACACGAGGGAGUGGAAGGGCGGGAGGGUGCCGUUGGCAGUGAAUACGAUUUUGCUGGGUCUUGCUGUCUUCCCUACGUGGCUGGUCGUCAAGGACCAUGUGCCUGUUGAAACGGACAAGUUUGCGGCUGCAGCGCAGCAGAGUGAUGAGGAAGUUGGUGUUGUGAUGGAGACUGUACAGGCAGAGGGAAAAGAGAAGACUGCCGUCUAA